GAAUUUAGAAGACAUGACAUGGUUUGGUUUGAUUCAAGGGGUUGAAAUCACAGGGCAAUGGAGAGUUACAAUCAAGGAUGGCUAGUUUUGGUUAUGGUUUUGGUGACACUAAGUUUACCAUAUUCACAGGCCUUUUGGGGCAAUGAAAAUAAGAUUCAAAAUUCUGUUUUCAUGUCACCCAAGUUUGUGGGAUCGGUGGAAAAUAGGUUCUACUACAAUGUCGACUUUCCGAAAGGUCAUAUUGCCGUGAAAAGUUUCAAUGCAGAAGUGGUCGAUGAGGCAGGGCAUCCUGUUCCGCUGCACGAGACGUAUCCGCAUCAUUGGGUUGUUGGUAGAUACUUUGUUCUUAGAGGCGUCGAAAUAUCAGAGUUUGAUGACCAUGCAAAACUUAACAGCUCGGAUUACAUUUCUGGGAGAAACAGUGGGAUUUGUCCGGAUCUUGGCCAGUUCUUUGGCCUCGAGUCUGAGACACGGAAAACCGCAACUCAUGUUCCCGAUCCAUACGGAAUAGAAUUCUGUAAUCCUGCUGAGAUUCCUUCCGGGUUUGAGGAGCAAUGGAUGCUUAAUGUUCACACAAUCGAUACAAGGGGAGUGGAGGACAAGUUGGGAUUUACCGAAUGCCGUUGUGAUCUGUACGAUGUCACGGUCAAUGAAUAUGGAAGACCUCUGAGGCCAGACUACAAAGGGGGCUUGUUUUGUUGUUACAAUCACACGCAAUGCAAGGUAGAACAUGGAUUCGAGGGUGUUAGAAGAACGCUUUACCUUCGAUACACUGUGAAGUGGGUUGAUUUGGAUAGCUCCGUCUUGCCUUUUAAAGUUUAUAUAUUUGACAUUACCGAUACUUGGAAAAGGACCCGAAACUCAACUGGGAUUACUGAAGAGCACUUGUGCAAGGUAGAUGAAUUGUUUACGUGCUGCAGCAAAAUUCAUUUUUGUCAAACUGAAUUUCUUCUCAAAUAUUGUCAUUGA